CAAACAAGGUGGACAGGAGGAGAGACAGAGUGUCGGACGUCCUCGCUGACAGAGCGAACUCAAGCUCUGGACAAACCGCUGCACCACAUACUCCAAACAAGAACUGUUGUCUUUUCAGAAAGAAGAAAAAGAAAAAAGACUGGACAAAAGAGGCAGAGCCACUGGAUUUUUUUCUUUUACGAGGGGAAUAUCCUGCACCACAACUUGUUUGUUUUCUCUUUCUUUCUUGUCGUCCCCCUCCUCCCACAUCUCGAUGCUUUGCUUUGGGAUUUGUGCUCCGAAUCCAUCAAAUUCCUCUCUUGAUCCUUCAUAUAUUUGCCAUCUGAAACCUGUUGAAUUACAUUUUUUCUCCAAAGGUUUGCAACCAAACAAACUAAGACAGACGUUUGCAGAACUUAACCUGGACUAAAAGUUAAAUUCAAGGCUUUGGUUCUGGAAUGAAUUUAACAGAGUCCAGCUUGUCUAGAGAGACCCCUCUGCAUCAAAACCAAAUGUCUCUUGUAGCCACUUGGACGUCGGAGACACCGAGUCCUGCCUCUGAUCCUGAAAUGGGUUUUGACCAGAGCCUCUCUGGAGACUGCAGUUCUCCUGAUGUCCUUGGAGUGGGGAACUUGAGGAGAGCAGAACCAAAGGUGGUUUUAACAGCCAGUUCGGGGGGACAGAGUCCGGAUCUGAACCAGAGAGGAGGUGCGUCGGCAGGCGCAGGUGACGGGAAAGCUGUCGGGGCUGAGCAGAGGAUCCGUAGGCCCAUGAAUGCCUUCAUGGUCUGGGCGAAAGAUGAGAGGAAGCGACUUGCCCUGCAGAACCCUGACCUGCACAACGCUGUGCUCAGCAAGAUGCUCGGUCAGUCCUGGAAGGCCCUGAGUGCCACUGACAAACGGCCAUUUGUUGAGGAAGCAGAGCGUCUGCGUGUCCAACACCUCCAAGACCACCCAAACUACAAGUACAGGCCUCGCCGCAAAAAGACCACCAAAAAACUGAAAAGGGUUGAACCGGGGCUCCUGCUGCACAGCUUGGCCCAAGGAGGGGCCCCAAGCCUUGGCUUGGGUGCAGAAAGUGUCUCUAGAGGCUCUCCUUAUGGACACCCAGGAGCCCACCCUCCACAUCACCAUCAUCAUCAUCCCCACCACCUGCUGCCAUCUUUGGGGCACUUCAGGGACCUCCAGGCUCCAGGACAUCCUGAGCUGGAAAGCUUUGGUUUACCCACCCCAGAGAUGUCCCCUCUGGAUGUUCUAGAAGAUGGACCUGGGGAAUCUGUGUUUUUCCCUCAACAUACACAAGAGGAAGCAGGGAUAGGAGGUUGGAGUGGGUACCACCACCAUCUUCACCAUCAUAACCAACAUUAUAACCAUCACUACAACAACCACAGCCACCACGGUUCCAUACAUAGUCAGGGCUCGGGAAUGAGUGUUAGCAACAGUAUGAAUUCCAGUCUCAGUCCAGGCAGAAAUUCUAGACUUGAUCCUAGAAUAAGUUCUGGUGAAUCAAACAUGACCUCCAGCAUGAGUUCUGCCACUGCAGUCAGCUCCAAGUUACAUCUUACUAAUGCCUCCAGCCACCACGUCCCCUUAAGAAGUCCUGUGAAGUGCCCAGCACCUCUGCCUGAUUCCACCUCCUCUGUUUCCUAUCCCCAUCCCUCCAUCAGCCUCCCUGAGCCAAAGUGCCAGCAGACAACCCUGAGCACAGCUCCUGUGGGCUACUACAGCCAAAUGUACGGGAAUGGCACCCCAAGUGCAACCCAUUUCCCUUCCUCUCAUCUGGGCCAGCUUUCACCUCCUCCUGAAACCUCUCCAUCUUCCUGCUCAACCUCUUCCAUCCCCACCUCAUCAACUUUUCUUCGUUCUGCGUACUUAGACCAGUCAAAUCUAGAGGCUGCCGGCCACAUGGGGUCAUCUUCUGCUGAAUUUUGGUCCGAAGUGGACAGACAUGAAUUUGACCAGUAUGUAAAUAUGGGACGUAAUCGAGAGGAGGUUUACAGAGUGGGUGGAGAAUGCGGAGGCGGGUCAAAAGUUCAGGGUGGAUGUACUAGCAGCAGUUCAGGUAGCAAUAAUAGCAAUGUUAGCAGUAUGAUUAGUAGAGAUGUUAGCAAUAUAAUAAGCGGUGUUGGUGGUUGUGAUGAUGGAAGCAGUCCUCUCAUAUCUGCUCUUUCUGAUGCCAGCAGUGCCGUCUAUUACAGUGCCUGCAUCAGUGGCUGAACACAGGAUCUCAUCUCUCAUAAGGUAUCUAUCUACAUACUGUUUGUUAUUGACAUGACAGAAACUAUCAAGGGACAUUAGCUCAUAUUGUUGUGUGACUUAGUUCCUAUUGGAUCCUAUUUUAAUCUAAAAAGGUUUAAUGUUUUUUGUUUUUUCCAAAUUGAGAAAAAAAGUACAAGAAGAAAAAAAAAAAGAAAGAAAAAAAAAGACUUGUACAGGCAGCAGCAUUGACUUUGCUAGCAAGGCUGUUGCAAGAUUACUUGUUCUGGACCUUUUUCUGGGCAAGACAGUUUCAUUUUGCUAAAUGACUGCACAAUCAGCUCAUUUUAGUGACUUAUUAGCUAGCAAAGCAGAUGACACUGUUGUUCCUAACAGCAUGAAGUGACGAAGAAAGAAAAUAAACAAUCAUUUCCUAUUAAGACGCGAUAGACUGACAUGAAUCCUGUAAACAGUAUGAUGCUGUGCUUUACUCACAGGUUUUGUUUUAUGGUCUUUUGUGUUUCUGACAGACAAAUGGAGGCAGACUAAGUGCAACACUACUGUUUUCUGCCUUAAAAUGCUGAGAACAUAGUUGUCAAUUUAUUCAAUUAGUGGUGCUGCGUCUUGGUUUUGAGCAUGACUGUUAAUAAUACUUUUUGUCAAAAGCUGGAUUCAUUUAUGAAGUGUAAUUUGGUGUGGUGGCUACACAGAUUAUACAGUUCUCAUAGGCAGCAUGGAAUAAUAAAAACAAAACAAUUAUUUCUUUAUCUCACUCUGUAAACUCUGUCUGUCAGACACGUAAACAUUAAUAUGCAUGGCAUGAUAAUUUUAUAUGAUUUUUUCACAUAUCAUAUCAGGACUGACAGAUUUUACUACAAACGGGUUUAAAUAAGGGAGAAAGAUAAAAGACUCAGUGGGAGAGAUCUGAUCCAGUCUCGACAUAUAUCUCUGAAGUGUUGUCAGGAAAGACUUGGCCACUAACCCAGAACAGACCACCGAUGCCUCCCACAAACUAUCAGGAUGUUUUACAAGCCGGAGUGGGUUUUCUUUUAACCGUGAUGCAUGCCAUUCCCUUUGGUUUCUCAGCCCAUGGCAGGGCCUCUCUCCAAACUCCAUGCAUAAAUCUGCUCAUUUUAAAUUGCUUUGCUUCCUGGCAAAUAAGAAUAUGUUGAUGAUUUUAAGAUCAUUCUCUGUCACCACAAAGCCCCUGUGGCAUAACAAACAUAUCACUUGUUUAAACAAAGUGUAAUUUCCCCCCAAGUUAAAUACUAAGGUCUACAAAUAACAAAGGCUCAGGUUCUAAAACUGUCUGGAACAAGUUUGGUGGCAUAUCAUGCAAAUAUCUUCACUUCAUUCAGUCAAAUCAGCCUCAUCCAUCAGACUAAUCUUUCACUGUUUUCGGACUUUUGGAAACCUUUGUUUCAUGUAGCCAUUUACUGUACAUAGAGAUGCAUUGGCAUUAUGUGAAGAAGGAGUUGAGACUAUGAAAUGUUUUCUUUGCACUGGGUUUAUUGUAUUAGUUGUAUAGGAGAAACACUACUUAUGGAAAACAUGUCUAUACAUUGAAAUGUGUUUUUGUACAUAAAGGAUUGUGUUUAGUUAUUUUAUAGUCUUAUUUUUCUUAAAGGAAAACUAUUUAGGAGUUACACUUAGCAGCUUUCUUGCUGAGGGUGAGAUGGUGGGAAUGUGGUGCUGGAUCUCAGAGACAUUUAGCUCCGAAUGUGCAAACAGAUGUGCAGAGCUUGUAAUUAUGAAGGGAGCCCUGUAGCAUUAUCACUGCUUGGAGAACCAAAAAAAUGUCUUGUCCUUGUAUUUUUCUGUUUGUGAAUGAAAUAUAUGAGUCUUUGUACUAAGUUAGACUUAUCACACCUGAUAAAUCCCUUUGCUUAACCCUUGAGCCACCUUUGAGGACCAAAAGUGUACUUUCUGCUUACUUUGUGCCUUUGAUUCUCAAUAUCUGCUUCAGUUUAAAGGCUGAUUGUAUGAAACUUUUCUUUUAUUAUUAUGUUUAAAAAUUCUAUGAUCCCUGUUAUUGAAUUUUGUAUAGAAUAAGAGACAAGCAUAAUGCCAACACUCUUUACCUCGGGAUUUGGUUCCACUGACUCCCAAUAUAAACACAUACUUUUAAAACACUAUAAUCCUCAUCUAUUAAAAUGCAUAUUCUGUGUUUUUCUAAUAAAAAAAUAAGGCUUUCUUCUGACACAAAGGGCAUUAAAACCUUAAAAUAUAAUGAUGAUUAUAUAUAGUUAUAUUUUUAAAUCUAUUGUUAGGUUUAAAUUAGCUGAAAAGAUCUAAUGUAAAGAAAAUGAAUUAAAUUUAUUUAUAUAUAUUACAUUUUUAAAACACUUUCAUAUGAGAUACCAUUUUGGUACCUAAGGUUAAAAGUGUAAGUUUUUUUUAAAGGUGUCUCAAGGGUUAAAGCAGACAUCAAAAUUCUAAACCGUACCAGCAUUUGAAUUUAAAGAUGAAAAUUUGUGGUUUUGGUUGUACUUGGAAACUUUUAAAAAAUCAACCAUUGCAGAGUUUUGUCUCUCCUGUAACAGAUUUGUGUACAGUGGAAGAAAAAAGUCUCCCUUUAAAAUUGAUCGUACAUCUGUUUUGCAUUAGGCUUUAAGACAAUGGUUGUUUCUUUUUCUCUUCAUGUACAUGAAACAUUCAUACAAAAUCAAGUGUCUUGUACAGACCUACCAGUUACAUUCAUCAUGCCACUGCUAAGGACAGUCGGUUUAAAUAAAGAGCAAUCACAGAAUCACAGAAGCAGAGGUUCUAUGCAAAGUAUUAAAAUACUUCUGCAACUGACAUUCUUUUCUGUUGACACCAAACAUAUUUUUUUAUUUUAUUUUUUUUCCAUUUUAAUUUACUGUGACACACAAAGACUUCAGAGGGAAAGACGUUUUUUUGGAGUCGUGCAAUAACUCUGGAGCUUUUGGUAAUAAUUAUCUGAAGAAGAAAGAAACACCCAAGACUUUGGGAUUCAAACAAAGAACAAAUUCUCAGCAGUCAUACAAGGAAAAAAAUAAAUAAAUAAAUCUGGGAAUGUUUCAGUAGUGUCACUGUGACACUUUUAAAUCUGCCUAAUGAGGAUCACUUCAAACCUUUUUGAGAGUAGAAAGUGUUUGUGUUCAUGUGGCCUGGCUGUAAAUUUAUCUGUUCUGUUGUUAACAAUAAAUUCUACCAAAUAAAUCAAAUACUUUUGAGAAUUAACUUUGUUUUUAAAUAUCUGAAACUGCU